UGGUUUAGGUGAUAUAAGAAUUAUUUUAAUAUUAAGUGACUAUCUCACCGUAUUAAUGAUGGGCCUUUUAAAUAUUUUAAGAAAGUUACGAUCAAAUCCAGAUAAAGAAUUGCGUCUUUUACUGCUUGGUUUAGACAAUGCGGGUAAAACAACACUUUUAAAGCAAUUGGCAUCAGAAGAUGUAAACCACGUUACACCAACUGCAGGUUUUAAUAUUAAAUCCGUGCUAUCUAAUGGAUUUAAAUUGAACGUGUGGGAUAUUGGAGGACAACGAAAGAUUCGUCCAUAUUGGAGGAAUUAUUUCGAAAAUACUGACAUCUUGAUUUAUGUCGUGGAUUGCUCAGACCAUCAACGACUGGAAGAAACAAGUCUAGAGUUAGCGGAAUUACUGCAGGAUGAAAAAUUACGAGGCGUACCGUUGUUGGUUUACGCCAAUAAACAGGACCUGGAUACCGCUUUACCAGCCAGUGAGGUUGCCCAAAAUCUCGGUCUUCAUUUAAUUAGAGAUCGUACUUGGCAAAUACAGGCGUGUGUUGCCAUAGAGGGAACAGGAGUGAAGGAGGGUAUGGAAUGGAUAUGUAAAAACAUACCAGUCAAGAAAUAA